CUCUGGCUCACACAGCUACCUGGUAGGUGACUGGAGGUGUAUAGUUGUCCUUGCCUAGAUCGUGCUGAUGUGGCCCCAACCCCACCUCCCUACCCAUCCCAUGAUGUCCAAAGAAACCCGACAGAACAAAUUGGCCGAGGCCAAGCAAAAGUUGAGAGACUACCAUCCCCAGGCCAACCCUAGUGUUGGUACAGGAGCAAGCGACACCAAAACGAAGAACAUAAAUAAUGGUGCUAACCCUGAGACAACCACUUCUGACGGUUGCCACUCACCUGAGGAUGAAAAGAAGGCAAGCCACCAACAUCAGGAAGCCCUAAGGAGGGAGCUAGAGGCCCAGGUUCAUACCAUACGAAUCCUUACAUGUGAGAAAACUGAGCUUCAGACGGCACUCUAUUACAGCCAGCGUGCUGUCCAGCAUUUGGAAGGAGAGUCCAGGCAUCUGGUUGGCCGCCUGCAUGAUUCAUGGAAGUUUGCCGGAGAGUUAGAGCGGGCUCUCUCUGCUGUCGCUACACAGAAGAAGAAGGCUGACAGGUACAUCGAGGAGUUAACAAAGGAGAGGGACGCCCUGAGUCUGGAACUGUACAGGAACACCAUAACUGAUGAUGAGCUGAAGGAGAAAAAUGCCGAACUACAAGAAAAACUUCGACUUGUAGAAUCUGAGAAGUCUGAGAUCCAGCUCAAUGUAAAGGAGCUAGAAAGGAAGCUGGAGAAGGCCAAGCUCCUGCUGCCACAGCAGCAGCUGCAGGAGGAGGCUGACCACCUGGGUAAGGAGCUGCAGAGUGUGUCCGCGAAGCUCCAAGCCCAGGUGGAAGAGAACAAGUUGUGGAACCGCCUGAGGCAGGAGCAGGAAGAGAAGAUGUGGGAGCAGGAGGAGAAGAUGCAUGUGCAGGAGGAGAAGAGGCAGGAACAGGAGGAGAAGAUGUGGAGGCAGGAGGAGAAGAUAUGGGAGCAGGAGGAGAGGGAGCAGGAGGAGAAGAUACAGGAGCAGGAGAAGAGGAGGCAGGAGCAGGAGAAGAAUAUGUGGAGGCAGGAGGAGAAGAUACGGGAGCAGGAGGAGAAGAUACGGGAGCAGGAGGAGAAGAUACGGGAGCAGGAGGAGAAGAUGUACGAGCAGGGGGAGAAGAUACGGGAGCAGGAGGAGAAGAUGUGGAGGCAGGAGGAGAAGAUACGGGAGCAGGAGGAGAAGAUACGGGAGCAGGAGGAGAAGAUGUGGAGGCAGGAGGAGAACAUACAGGAGCAGAAGGAGAAGAUGUGGAGGCAGGAGGGGAAGAUGCGGGAGCAGGAGGAGAAGAUGCACAAGCAGGAAGAGAAGAUACAGGAGCAGGAGAAGAGGAGGCAGGAGCAGGAGAAGAAUAUGUGGAGGCAGGAGGAGAAGAUGCACGAGCAGGAGGAGAAGAUACGGGAGCAGGAGAAGAUGUGGAGGCAGGAGGAGAUAUGUGAGCAGGAGGAGAAGAAGCGGGAACAGGAGGAGAAGAUGUGCAGGCAGGAGGAGAAGAUACACGAGCAGGAGGAGAAGAUACGGGAGCAGGAGAAGAAGAGGCAGGAGCAGGAGGAGAAGAUGUGGAGGCAGGAGGAGAAGAUACGGGAGCAGGAGGAGAAGAUACGGGAGCAGGAGGAGAAGAUGUGGAGGCAGGAGGAGAACAUACAGGAGCAGAAGGAGAAGAUGUGGAGGCAGGAGGGGAAGAUGCGGGAGCAGGAGGAGAAGAUGCAGGAGCAGGAGGAGAAGAUGCACGAGCAGGAGGAGAAGAUACGGGAGCAGGAGAAGAUGUGGAGGCAGGAGGAGAUAUGGAAGCUGCGGGAGCAGAAGGAGAUAAUGCAGGAGCAGGAAGAGAUGAUGCAGGAGCAGAAGGAGAAGAUGUGUGAGCAGGAAGAGAAGCUCCGGGAGCAGGAGGAGAAGACGCAGGAGCAGGAGGAGAAGAUAUGGAGGCAAGAGGAGAAGAUAUGGAGGCAGGAGGAGAAGAUGCAGGAGCAGGAAGAAAAGCUGUGGGAGCAGGAGAAGAAGAUGUGGGAGCAGGAG